AUGACGAUCUGUUCAGGAUGCGGAAUAACCACGGGUGCUAAUAUAUGCUGCCCUGUUUGCUUAAAACAUAAUAAAGAAGUAUUUUAUUGUUCUCAAGAAUGUUUUGAAAAAAGUUAUAAUGGUCAUAAAAAUAUUCACUAUUUUAUAAAACUUACAAAUAACGAUGAUAUACAUAAAAAAAAUAUAUCCGAUAAUAAUGAGAAUCCAAUUAGUAGUAAUAAACCCAAUGUGUCUGUAAUAAUUUUAGACGAAGAUAUUGAAAAUGAUAAGUUAAAUGGAAAUACAAAAAUAAAUAAUAAUUUUUUAAAAAAAGAAAAAUUUGAUAGUAGUACUAUGGAUGGUGAAGGAAUAGACACAAUAAUUGAAGAUCUUAACAAUGAAAUGUUAAACAUAGAAAAUAUUGGAAAAAAAAAUGAUAUACAUAUUUUUCAAGAGAAUAAAAAUAAUGAAAAUAAACAAUUUUUUUCAAAAGAAACAAAUUUAAAUAAUAUACAAAAUGAUGGAAAUAAUAUAGAAUAUAAUCAAAUUACAAAAAAUAUAAUUUUUGAAAAUUAUCAAAGAAAAAAAAAUUAUCAUAAAUAUAAUAAUGUUAAAAAUUAUUAUUUAUUUAAUGAUAGUACAACAGAUAAUAAAUUUAAAGAAGAUGAUGAAAAUGAAAAUAUUAAUAAAACAAAAUUUAGUAAACACUUUUUUAAAAAUAAUAAAAUAUCAUCUUAUAUAAACACUAUUACAGAUUAUAUAUGUUCAUAUAAAUAUAAUAUUAUAUUACCAUAUUAUCAAGAUAUACAAAAUAAAGAUGAUAAAAUAAAUAUAAAAAAUAAUAAUCAAAUAAAAACAAAAUUAACUAAUAAACAAAUUAUACAACUUAAAAAACAAUUCAAAAAUAAAAAUAUAUUUAAAAUUAUAAUGUUAUUUAUUAUUAUUUCUAUUAUCGUUAUUUUAUCUACUUGUCUAUUUUCAUAUAUAUUAGAAAUAUCUCAAAAAAAAUUUUUAAUAAAUUCUGAAAAUAGUUUAAAUCAAAAAAAUAAUAUUAAUAAAGAUUCUGGAAUAGCUGAUUUGAAAUCAUAUAUAGCUGCAUUUGAAGAUUUACGAAAAGAAAUUUAUGAAAUGAAAGAAGUUUUAUAUGCUCACAAUAUACAAAUAAAUAAAAAUUUUCACAUUAACAAUUCAUAUAGUUUAUUUGAUAAUUUUAGUAAAAUAAAACCAACUGAUCAAAUUCCACACAAUAAAAGAAUACCAGAUAAAUUAAAUAGUUUAACAUCACAUUCUUUUUAUGGUAAUAAUAACAAUAAUUCUAAAACAAUUUUUGAAAAUGAAAUAUCAAAUUUACAGAAUCUUAUUCACGAACCAAUACCUUUAGUACAACACCAAUAUGAAGUUAAUACUAUUAACGAAUUAAAACAUACAAACAAUUAUAAAACAAAUGUAGAUAAUAUUUAUGAAAAAGAUGAUUUAAUAAUACCCGAAAAAUUACAAUCACUUAAUGCACCAUAUAUACAAAAUGUCGGAAAUAUUGAAGAAACAGAUCAAGCACAAAAUUACACACACACUAUUCAUCUCGAAAAAAAAAAUGAACAAAAUAUUCCAGAUAAAGAAUUUAUAAAAAAAAAUGAAUAUUCUAGCCAAAUUGAUGAUAUAAAUGAAAAUAUACAAAAUAAACCUAAUAAUUUAUUAACAAAUCAGAAUAUUAAUACAGAAUAUGAACAAGCUAGCGAAAUAAGACCAAUUAUAAAUGAAGAAAACACAACUACAAAAAAUGAAAUUACACAAGAUAAUACCUAUGUUAAUGAAAAUGAAAAUAUAAUACAUAAUCAUGAUAUAAAAGAAAAGCAUAAAAAAAAUUCAUUUCAAAUAGAUGAGAACGAAAACCGUGAAAAUAGCGAUAGGAAAAAUAAUAUUAAUAAACCAAACAAAAAAAAGCAAAAUACGAUUUAA